UUGAUGGUCGGGAAGGAGGUGUUUGGUCCUGAUUCAUCUUGUUACACGAUGAAGACGAAGGAAUUGACGCCGAGUUCAGCGGAAAUGGGAUACUCGCUCGACUUCAACGUCCCCGAUGCGCCAGAGAUUCUUGAGGGUGUGACGCUGAUGCGCAAAUACGAAGAAGAGAACCGCGCCGUGUUGAUCUGGACGUCGAUGAUGGUGCAAGAGGGAAACCCGUACUUCAGGUCUCAAGGAUGGGUCUCGGUCACACGAAAUCCGUGUAAUCCUGAAGGAGAAGCUGCAGUCCGCAUGUGUAGCCGAGUUUCAGGUGUGCAUUUCGGUGUACCGUGCAACGGAUCCAACGUCGAUUUACCUGUUGCUCGAAAGCACCAGCUUUUUGCGAAAUCAAGACUGGAACGCGUUCAACUAAAAAUGCUAGAGCGUGCUGAAGGGCAA